AUGAUUGCAACUGCACGCAGGAAUCUCUCCUGUUUAUUUGCAAACCCUAAUUCAUUUCUCUGCAACUCCAAUGCUCAUUUCUUCCCGUCAAUCCAUUUCUUCUCCACUUGGAGGGUGGAAAACCCUAACCCUGAAAUCCACGAUCUAUUGCUCAACAAAUACCAAUUUCAUCCUGUUUUAGCUUCACUAACUUCAUCGGCUUUACCUAAAUCUAGUUGCCCCAUAAGAGCUGAUUCAGUAGUGUCAUUCCUCAAAGAGAAUGGUUUUACGGCUACUCAGCUGCAGAAAGUCGUCGCAUAUUUUGAUUAUCGAGUUCUAGGGUUUACUAUUGAGACCAUGAAUUUCAAAUUCAAUGUAUUCCGAAAUUUAGGCCUUUGCCCCAAGGGGAUUGCCAAGAUAAUAUCCGAAAAUCCGGUUAUUUUACAUUCAAAUUAUGAGAAGAGGAUCAUUCCCAGACUAUCGACGCUGAAGUGCUUGCUGGGAUCCGAUCAUGAUGUGGCCAGACUUUUGAAACGACGCAGCCAUUUUCUGUUAAUCAAUUUGGAGGAAACCUUAUUGCCAAAUAUGGAAAUCUUGAAGAGCUAUAGCAUUCCAAUGGAGCUUAUCCGUCUUCAUUUACUCCAACUUCGCCCGAGAUUUUUCUUGCUCGAUCCGGAUACUGUGCGGAGAUCUGUAGUCUGGACCAUAGAAUUUGGGAUCCCUCAUACUUCAGCUGUUUUUAUCCAAGCUGCGAAUCUUUUUACUCAUACGAGUGAAGAGAUGUGGGAAGUCAAGGCGCAAACUCUCCGCGAUUUGGGAUUUUCUGAUGAUGAUAUACUCACAAUAUUUAAGAAGCAACCAUCAGUUUUUUCACAAUCUGAGGAGAAAAUGAAGGACGUCGUAGAGCAUCUGCUUGCUACCGGUAGGUACAAGAUAUCGAGCAUCGUCACUUGUCCAGUAGCACUCCGGUGCAGUGUGAAGAAGACGCUUGAGCCGCGUCUGCAAAUACUUCGACUUUUGGAAAGUAUGAGUCUGAUUGAAAAGUGGCCAUCUCUUUCCGCAGUUGCUAGAUUACAAGAGGUUAGAUUCUUUGACAGAUUCGUUAAGCCUUAUUGUGAUGAGAUUGGCGAAAGAACACAUCACAACGAUGUAUGUCGAGGACUGAAAGAGGAGAAGCUUUGUAAGCAACGAUCUUCGUCUUUUGCAAUCGGAAGCUCAAGGUUUUGCUCCCUGUCUUGCUGUGAGUUUGAAAGCAUAGUGUGA